CGACGCAGCAGCUUAUUGACGAUUUCAAAGCAACCAAAUCAUUCCAUGGAAAUACGAAAAGGCCAUCGCCGUGUGUAGGUAAUAGCUUCUUUCAUUCUUGUUUUAAUUUUCAUACUGGCAAGUUCUGCGAUGCUGGGAUCUUUCUAAAAUAUCUCUUUUCGCUCCGUCGCUAUCACAACCGAAUCUGUAUCUAUUGCACUUGUCACGGCUUCAUAUUUUCACUACCUGUACAGUGAACGGUAGAACCCUUUGAAAACCAAAAAUGAUGGUUGACAACAAUGUCAAAACUCCUUUCCAGGUUUGUUCGCCUGUCCAUCUCGGACUCCAUCGUUUCUCUUCCUCUUGCAACCACAGGGGAGCAUAUCGCGGCCAAGUAAGCCAAGUCAGCAGAAGCUGAUGAAACACAAACCCAUCAGACGCUGUUCGCCGUGCACAUGACAUGUGACCAUUGCGUCAAGGCCGUUUCAGACUCGGUCUACGGGCUCAAGGGCAUCACCAAAGUCGACGCCAAUCUCAAAGAACAGCUGGUCACCGUCGAGGGCACGGCGGCACCAUCAGCGAUUGUCAGUGCUAUCGAAGCAACCGGCCGGGAUGCCAUAUUGCGAGGAUCGGGAGCCUCAAACAGUGCAGCAGUCUGCAUCCUUGAGACAUUCCACCAGGACAGCCAAAACGGCGAUGUGGUAGCGCCCGACGGGCCUGAAGGCAAGACAAGGGAAGUCAGGGGCCUGGUACGCAUGGUCCAGGUCUCUCCAGACACUACGCUAGUCGACCUCACUCUCCGUGGGGUUGAACCGGGCAAGUAUCACGCGAGCAUCCGUGAGUAUGGCGACCUGAAGAAGGGCGCAACCUCUACUGGCCCCGUGUGGGCUGGCGGCAGCGGGACGACGCAGCCGCGAGGCAUUCUGGCAUCCCUUGAAAUUGGUAAGGACGGCAGAGGCGCCGUAUUUUUGGACCAUUCCUUCCAGGUGUGGGAGUUAAUCGGCCAUGCCAUCGUCGUGACCCGGCAGAAUGAGAACGAGGGCCCACUGAAGAAUGACGAGAACACGGUAGUGGGCGUUGUUGCCAGGAGUGCGGGCAUGUGGGACAACGAUAAGACGGUAUGCUCAUGCACCGGAAAAACUCUAUGGGAAGAAAGAAAGGAUGAAGUUAAGAAAGGUAUGAUCUAAUCAGACUACUUCAUCAAGAUCAGCGAACUGUUGAAACCUUCCCGGCCCUUUGAGCCAGUUUCUUCUACAGCUAUCAGGUGUCGGGAUCAAGCUCGCCUUCAGCCUUCCUAGGCGUGUCACAAAUCCAACACUGAA